AUCGCAGCAUUGUUAUUAUAGUUUUACCAGACAGCGUUUCCGGACGUAACUGAAAAACCAGUCAGCGGCAUGUGUUACUUUAUAAUUCCCCCAUUACUCUACAGAUAUGAAGAAGAGAUUUAACAUUAAUCUGGACGACUCUGCUUUCACCAAAGAAAGAACACCGGUCAGUAUUUAGGCUGGAUUGGCGCCCAUUUUCUAAUGCGGCUAGAAUCAGUAAGCUAGCUCGCUGACUUUUAGCAUGAAACUACAACUUCAAAACUAAAAUGUCCAAUUUUUUAAUAAAACUUAGAGAAACAUAGAUAUAGCAGCUUGCCUCCAAGUGUUAUUUAUGUUAUUAUUUUAGUCUAACGGGAUUUACGUGUACUUUUAUUUCAGCCAAAGCCACAGUUUCAGUCGUCUUUCAAAGGAGGACAAAAUGCCUCAUCUUCAUCUUCAUCAAAGCCUGAUCCUGAUCUUCAGCCUGGUGGCAAACCCCUUUCAUAUGCAGACUAUAUAGUCCAGAGUAAAAACAAUGCUGCUGCUCCCCUUCAAAAAGAGGGUCCGUCAAAGGUGCCAAGGAUUGAAACUGCUGAUGUUACGAAGUCAAAACAACAAGAUUUAGAUUUGGAAACAUGUCACACAGUUCAGAAGUCUGCCAAAGAGACAGAAGAUGGAUCUGAAGGGGCAAAGAAGAGUGAGGAGAAACAGGCGGCUGGUACAGAGCAGAAGGAGGGGAACCGCCAAGGGGGAGAGCCAAGCCUCAGCUCAGGUCCAAAACCAGUGGGGUCUGGCAGUAGUAUUAUUGUCAGUCCUCGACAGGUAUGCCUCAAAAUGAAAAUGAUCUUUGCAAGAAUGCUGUCCUAUCCAGACACCCAAGCUCUUCACACAUUUGUGCCAAAUCAGAAUUGCAUAUGAAAUAAAAGUUUAGUGAGUCUGUGCCUUACUGAAUCAUCAGGUUUCAAGAGUUUGGAAGUGCAGCAGUUUUUAGGCUUGUGAGAUUGGUUUUACAGAGGUGUGUGUCUUAAUUCAAUUUUAUCUUUUCAGAGGGGAAAUCCUGUUCUGAAAUUUGUGAGGAGUGUUCCUUGGGAGUUUGGAGAGGUGGUGCCAGACUAUGUCUUAGGCUUGACAACUUGUGCUCUUUUCCUCAGGUUUGUUUGGUGCUCCUAGAAUAUUGUGUGAUUAUGCAUGCUCGAAAUGUUCAUAUUUUCAUGAAAGGAAUGUUGCAGGCUUUCUUUGACACAAUGCAAGCUGCAAAAUCUUUUUGUUUAACUGUUUUCCAUUAAUAUUUGAUGUGCAAAAUGAAUCAUGCAUCCUUUUACGGUUAUUUUUGUUUAAUUGUGCUCUUCUUUUGGAUGAAAGUCUUAGGUAUCACAACCUCAAUCCAAACUAUAUCCAUGACCGUCUUAAACAGCUUGGACAGACUUUUAGUCUUCGGGUGUUACUGGUUCAAGUGGAUGUGGUAAGUAACAUUCUUAUGGUGUUACAUUCAUUAUUUUGUACUGCAUUUAUCAAGAUAAUCCAUUAAUAGGUCUAGUUGACAUAUCUCAAGUAAGAGUUAUUUUCCUAUCAAAUCUAACUACAAAACCCAAUUCCAUUGACGUUGGGAAAUUGUGAUAAAUGUAAAUAAAAAGAGAAUACAAUGAUUUGGAAAUCCUUUUUAACUUAUAUUAAAUAGAAUACACUACAGUGACAAGAUAUUUAAUGUUCAAACUCAUAAACUUAAUUUUUUAUUUUUGCAAAUAAUAAUUAACUCAGAAUUUCAUGGCUGCAACACGUGCCAAAGUAGUUGGGUCAGGGGCAUGUUUACCACUGUGUUACAUCACCUUUCCUUUCAACAACACUCAAACGUUUGGGAACUGAGGAGACUAAUUGUUGAAGCUUUGAAGGUGGAAUUCUUUCCCAUUCUUGCUUGAUGUACAGCUUCAGUUGUUCAACAGUCCGGGGUCUCCGUUGUCGUAUUUUACGCUUGUAGUGUACUCAAUUGAAUAUAGGUUGAAAAGGAUUUGCAAAUCAUUGUAUUCUGUUUUUAUUUAUGUUUAUCACAAUUUCCCAACUUCAAUGGAAUUGGGUUUUGUACAUUGUUCUAAUCAUUUAUAUGAAGCAUGGAGUGUCAUCUUGAGCAGUUGUUUUGAUGUUUUGUCACACAGCACUUUUUUCAGUGACAAAGUUUUAAGAAUACAUGCGUGUGAUUAAAAAGGUUAGUAUAAAUGAAGAGUUAUAUAAAUCUUUUUGAAAGAAAAUCAUUUAUCACUUGAGAGUUUUGCUCACCCUCAAUGCACAAAAGGGGCUUUAAGGAUAAAUGAUUCAACAAAAGAAACAUGAAAUAGCUCUACACUCUGAUGCUGGCUCGUUGAAUAAAACAGAGCUCGGAUAAAUGAUGUUGCUGUUAACAAGGAUAAGAUGGUUCAGCGGUGUUACAUUUAACCAAAUGAAACAGCCUAUUCUAGCACUUAGCCGUUAAGGGAGAGCUGUCAUGUAAACUAUCCAUGCAGAACUUUUAAUUUGUCAAUCCUGCUCCAAUGUAAUUAGUUUCACUAAGGGUGGUGCAAUUGAAGUCUGAAGUGUUCGGCUGCAGGCAGUCUCACUACUGCAUAAUGAAAAUUGUAAGAGGCAGAGUUGACAUAUACCAGUCACAGCAUGUAUUUUUAUCAUACUGCAGUUGUGUCAUCAGAAACAAGAAAUCUCGAUAUGCAUCAAAUCUAGAGUUUGUGUUCAAGUUGUGAGGCUUUAAAGAUUAAGUUUGAUUUACUCUCUGACUUUUCUUUCCUUCACAGAAAGAUCCUCAUCAUGCAUUGAAGGAACUGGCUCGCAUAUGCAUCAUGGCUGACUGCACUCUCAUUUUGGCCUGGAGGUAAGGCCUUCCUCACAUUCCUGAAGAAUCUGAACAGUUUGUUAAUAAAUCUGAAUAUCUUUGGACUCAUUUAUAAUGUUUACCACACUAGCCCUGUCUAGUGAAAGGUUAGAAGAUAGAAUUUUCUCUUUUUAUUAUGAUGCAUGCAUUUUUAUACGUUAGUGGAUAUUUGUCAUUACCUUUAAGCAUCUCAUUUCAACACUUAUAAUGUAUAAAAGGUAAUUAGAUUUUUUUUUGUGUUGAUAUUGAUGCAUUGCAAUUUUACACAAAAUUGAAAAAUUUAAAUGCUGUGACUGAGUAAGGUCAUUUUUCCUUUUUCUGCAUGUCAACACUAAAAACAAAUGAACACGCUUGCUCAUAUACUUAGCUUUUAUUUAGUGCUUGUAAAAGGUGAACCCACCUGCACUCAGUGCAACUGCAUGCAACAAUUACAGUACAAAAUGUAUUAAACAAAUGGGAGAAAAAAAAAACGUCAAUACUUUGUCAUGCUUAUUUGACAGUCCAGAGGAGGCAGGACGUUACUUGGAAACAUACAAAUCAUAUGAAAAGAAACCAGCAGACUUACUAAAGGAGCAAGUUGAAAAAGACUAUCUUUCCAAGGUUUGUGAAUCCUUUGUGGAUUUUUUGAUAUUAUGAGGUCCAUUUCUAUAUUUAAUAUGAUUAUUAUGCCGUAAUUGUAUUUGCCCAAGUUUAACCUGCAGGCUGAAAACUUUUUUUUUUCCCUCAAGGUGACAGAUUGCCUGACUACUGUGAAGUCUAUAAACAAGACUGAUGCCAUUACCUUGCUAUCCACUUUUUCAGUGAGUUGUACCAUCUUUGAAUACAUGCUGCUCUGUUAUCCAUAUGAACAGAGACAUAUUCACUCACUGAUUCAUUAUGAACUACAAAUUAAUUUUGUUAUUUCAUGUGGUGAUGUUCUGAGAGGGGAUGUCCUAAAGUGAUAGUAUUUUUUAUAUACAGUCUGUGGAAGGAAUCAUUAGUGCCACUAAAGAAGAUCUGGUUCUCUGCCCAGGCCUUGGACCACAAAAAGUGAGUCAUACUACAGUACAUGUGCACCAUAUGAAUAGAAUACAAUAGAAUGGGGAACACUUGUCCAAGAUACAUGGUGUAGAAAUGGGAACAUUAAUUGAUAUCUAUCAGUGAGAUUCUGCAUCGAAGCACUCCCAUUUAAUGAAAACAAAACAAAUGUCAUAAUCAGGCAUAUGUUAAAAAAAAAAAAAACUUAUCUUAUUAUAUUCCAGAUCCCACUAAAUACUAAACACUGCAGCUCUAAAUAACUAUGAUGACAUUUUAUCAUUUCAGGCAAGGCGCCUUUAUGAUGUGCUGCAUAAGCCCUUUCUCAAAUCCAAGACAAAAGAUGGCUGAAACUUCUUGCCAAGGCUGGAGACAAGAAGAAAACUCUACAUGUCCAACAGCAUUCAAACACACUGCAGUACUAAAAUAAGCACAAACAUCCUGUUUAUAUGUUCCUGCUCCCAGGAUGAGAAUUUGUUUGGUUAUUUGAGAAAGUAAAACAUAAACUCUUUAGCUGUAGCUACAUACAGAUUCUCUUAUUGUUGUUAUAUGGUGUAAAAUCUUGUUGGGUGAUUUUUAAUAAUAAAUAUUACAAUAAACAUUGUAAGUACUUAA